AUGUUUGACGAACGCGCCUAUUUCCAUAAUAGUCAUUAUCAUUCUCCCCUUGCUCAACAUCAUUAUGACUAUUUUGACCAAGAACCAGUGACUAACCUCGUUUUUGAAGGCGGCUGUUUUCUGUUCGUGUUAUUUAGUAUGGGAUAUUUGAUCUACGCAUAUUUUAUUAGACCUCGAGGCUCUCCUUUGGAACUCGGACAACGAAUAACAGGUCGUGAACCUUGGACUAGAAAUUAUAUAUAUCCGAAUCAUUGGCGCGCCGGAACAAUCACUGGUGUCGUGGAAAAAACAGGCAUAGCACAAAAUGCACUAACACCCAAUCAAUCAAGACCAGCCACAUCAAUUCUCAAUUGCACUACAAUCACUUAUAUUAUCCUAUACUGGAUGCUGGUGAUUUCUUUAUCUUGGAUUUGGGGAUUACUAUUUAUGCCGGCAUCACUACCGACGCAAACGAAGACUGUUGUACCAUUGCCUACACCAACCACCACUUCUUAUCCUGCCACAACUACUUUUUUCUAUCAUCGAACAAAGUAUCAGGGCGUUGUUGGGAAUCGGGUCACUGUUACUACUACUUAUACUCCUCCUAUUAUUCCUGAGAAACUUCCUGAUUUCUAUUAA